AUGGAGGCCCCUGUUAAGUCCCGGGAAAGGGAACAUACUUCCACGACUACGGUGAGCGCGUACGCUCCGCUCACUUUAUGGUGUUCAUUAGAUCCCGUUGUGGUCUACUUUGCCAGUGGGUUGUCUGCUUUCCGGAGAAUCUUGGAUAUAGAGCAUUCCAAAGAAAAAAAACGAUUACAACUGGACCAGGUAAAAAUAGCUCGUUUUAUGGUAAAUGGGACUGAAGAGGGCGUUGAAAACAUUAUGAAAAAUGUUAAUAAAGGGCUGGUAGAGAUAACGGUAGCAAGCAGAAAGAGACCAAGGGUUAUAAUGAGGAUAGAUAGAAUUUCAAAAAGACAAGAACAAGAAGAUGAGUUCAUUUCUCCCACGCCAAGUAGUCCAAAAUCACAUAAAUUGCCGAUGGAUAAUCCAUUUAUUGAAGAAGAGGUGGAGGAUUACCCGAUAAUAAUUAAUGAUAUUCCAGAUGAAUCAUCCUUCAAGGAUGAAGACUCUAUCGAUGAUCUUAAAAUAAGAGAGAUCAAUGUUUCUCGAUUAUUCCGUCAAUAA